AUGAUAAUACAUCGCAGAAUUCCAGUAAUUGACGCAGAUUCGUUAGCAAAAAAAGUAGUAGAACCUGGAAAACCUGCAUAUAACUUGAUAAUAAAACAUUUUUCCCGCGAUGUAUUAAAUGAAGAUGGUACGCUUGAUAGAGAAAAAUUAGGCAAUAUCAUAUUUGCUAAUGAAAAUCAAAGAAAACUUUUAAAUAAAUGUACUCAUCCUUUUAUUAGAAGAGAAGCUUUUAAAAUAUUAGUUUGGUACUGGAUUACUGGUGAAAAAAUGGUUAUAUUGGAUGUACCUUUAUUGAUCGAAAGUGGUUUACAAAAAUGGGUGAGUUCUGUUAUCGUGAUAUAUGUUUCUGAACGAUUACAAGUGUCUCGUUUGGUUAAACGAGAUAAUCUUCUUGAACAUGUUGCUAUACAACGUAUAUCUGCUCAAAUGCCACUCGGAGAAAAAGUUAAAUUUGCCGAUUAUGUGAUUGAUAAUUCUGGUGAUUUAUCAGAAACUGAAAAGCAACUUAAUAUAGUCUUAGCAAAAUUAUAUCCAUCUGUAUGGUCGUGGUUAGUUACUUGGAUUGGUCCUCCUGCUUUAGUCACUUUAGGAAUAGCAGUUGCGUUAAAAAUAAAAAUUUUAUGA